AUGGGACAUCAGGAUAAAACUAGUAGCGACGCCCAUGACGAAGAUGACACUCUAGGCCAAAGCAAAACAGUGAGGGAAAUAAUGACUGAAAAAUUGAAGGAUGUGAAAGGAAUUCUGACAGCUUGUAUUGGGAGAGUGAAUGUUGUCGAUAGAGAAAAGGAACGAACAAUGAAAGAAAAGGAAAAUUUAAGAAGCCAAGCUUUGGAAAGAUACGCAACAGAAUUACAAGUAGAGCUGGAUACAAUACGAUUCGAGUUUGAGAGAAAGAAUAUGUUGGUGGAAGAGUUAAAACGACAAUCCCUCGACAGGAAAAAGGAUCAAGAUACGAUCAAGACUCUUAGGGAGUGUUUAGAAUUCAAAGAUGCUGAAAUGAGAGAAUUGCAAAGUCAACUAGCUUCUAAUUCCUUGAUUGGAUAUAACAGUGAGGCUGCUAAAUCGAGAAUGCAAAAUUUGAUAGCUACAUUAAUGAAAGACACGGAAGAAUGCAAGAGAAGAAAUAUGGAAUCACAACAUAGGCUCGAAAAGAGACUGCUCGAAUGGCAACAAGUGAAGGAAGAAAACAAAAAGCUAAGAUUUAGAGUUUCUGACCUUCAAGAAACAAUUCACAGACAAAUGAACGAUCUUCACAUCUCUUUAAUGCAUAAAGAGCAAAAAUUGAAUGCUUGGAAGUCUAAAGUCGCAGAGUUGGCUUCUGAUAAUAACGAAAUGCGAUAUAGAGCUGCGGGCUUUUUACUUUCUCUAGUGAGUGAACAAGAUAAUAGAGAUACAGAACUAUUAUUGAAAUAUGAGGAAACUAAGAGAAAUCUACACUUUUCUCAAAUGGAAAAUAACGAGCUUCGAUUGGAAAUUCAAAAUUUGAAAGAUGUCCUCCAAUACACAGAUGUACAUACAACCAAACAAACAAUGGACAUGUUAAGAGAUAAGAUACACCAAAUGGAAAUUGAAUGCUCAGUAGAUAGAGUUCUGGAAUACCAGAACACCAUAACCAAUCUAAGUUCCAAAGUUUCAGAAUACGAGAGAAUGCAAGGUCUCUAUAUCCAAGAAUUUAGUAGAUUGAAAAAGUUGAAUACUAAAUUCAAUGAGGGAGCAUGUAUUGGAACAUUGGAACGUAAAAUUCAACUCUACGAAAAGAAGAUUGAGAGUUUGGAAAAACACAUUGACCAAGCUUUUGUGGAAAGAGAGUCUGCCAUUUCACCAAUUCUGCCCUCCUCACAGAUGCAAUUGUUGAACCCUUCAAAUCCAUUAAGUGCUAUUCAACGAGUUGAGCUGAAAGAAACUACUCCAAAUAUCAUACCAAAACCUCUUUCUUCCUAG